UAUAUAAUGGAUAACGUCCAGGAAUUUAUUAUAAGAAUAGGCCAUGACAGCGAUGAAUCUGACCUACAGCUGUCAUCAGAUGGUAGCAGUGAAGAUGACGAUGAUUUAGAAUGCCAACCACUUAGCAUUGGGCCUUCUCUCUCAGUCUAACUAAAACGGAUGUUCAAAAAUAUAUUUUUGAACAAAUUGUGUAUUAGCUGGCUUUCAUCAGUAAUUUGUC